AAUCGUGUCACUUUGUUCAUGUGUGAUUGGUGGGAUGUUCAUAGUCAUGGGCGAGGAAUAACUAAAGAUUGCUUUGAAUUCAUCAGUGUCAAUAUUGGAAAGGUGUUGGGAAAUGAUCCCUACGUUUUAGCUUCACAAGUUGGGCAAGUGUACUAUGUUCAGGACGUUGCGAAGGCAAAUUGGAAGGUUGUAGUGAAGGCAAACCCAAGGAACUUCUACGACGUUCCUGAAAUACUUGUCCAAGAUAGCAUUGGGGAAACAACGAAAGUUUAAUGCAUUUGGCUUUUUUUUAAUAAUUGAUCCAUUAUAGGGAUUUAAUAAUUCCAUUUAUAUUGAUAGAGUUGUUAAACAAUUUGUAUUGAAAUUUUUAUGGUAGUUAUUAUAAUUUGUCUGUUUGUUUGAAAUUUAUGGAAUAUCAACUUAGAUGUUUUUUACAUUCUCUUUCGCGCUAUUGAAAUUUUUAUGGUAGUUAUUAUAAAUUAUCUGUUUGUUUGAGUAAGUAAUGAUAAUGUUUUUUGUUAGCGUGUUUUCCUUCGGUGUUGGGAGUUUUUCAUGAAAAUGUCCAAACCAAGUGGAAAGACAUUCAGGAAAAAAGUUGAAGGGGGAACAAAUGAGUACGAAAAGCUGAGACUUCAAAGGAUUGAAGCUAAUAACACAAAGCUGGAGAAUCUAGGUGUGAAGCGCAUCAUGGCUAGCAUGAAGCAGAAGAAGGAGGUGAGUAUGAUCAAGAGUAAAGCUACCUUAGAUGAAGAUAGUGACUACUCACCGGAGGAUGAUCUUUCGGAUGAUGGAAAUGACGAGGAAGCCACUAUUGCAAACAAGAAAAGGAAGGCACAUAACCAAGACUGUGCAAAUAAGGGGACGAAAAGGAACUUCAUUUUACCGGGUGCAAUCGGCUCUUUGUUGACGCAGAGCAAAAACGUGCAAGGGAAAGGAAACAAAGGGGGAAAUGUGCAGCUAACAGCAGCCCUCAAAGUCAUACAGAAAGCGAUCAAUAGUCAACAGGAGGCGGAAGUUCAAGACAAGAUGGACUUCGAUGAAGAAAUGAAAGAGUCCGAUGAAAUUGGGAAGGCUGAUGUGGGAGAUAGUGAAUUUCAUGAGCGAGAAAGUGAUGGAAUCAAUGCAAGGGAAUCCCAAAAAGCAAUUGACCAAGAAGAUGGCUCUAUGGAGAAAAAAGGCGAAAGCAUGCUAACAGGAGAAAAGGAGGCAUCUAAUGAAACAGGAAAUGCAAAAACGAAGAAGUCAUAUAAAACCAAAACACCAAGAGGUCCUACAAGAAAUUUACAACUGGCUAAAAUGAGACCCGGUGAGAAGAUAAAGGUAGAUUUUGAUGUUAGUGGUCAACCAAUAGGUGUCAACAGAGCUAAGCUGUCAAGUUACUGUGGUUCCCUCGUCAGAGAUCCUCUGAAUGCGCCACUUUAUCGUAUUGAAGAAUUUUCACAAGUUCCACAAGAGAAUAAAGAGAAGAUGUGGAAGCUCAUUUUGGACAAAUUUGAUAUUGGGCUGGAUGAUGUUAAAGAUCAAGAUGAACGUGAAAAGAAAAUAAAAGAUAAGAGGAAGUAUAUCAUGACAUCUUUGAACAAGAAGUAUCGGAAUUUUCGUGCACGUUUGAAAAGAGAAUAUUAUGACACUGAAGAAAAUGAUGACGACAGACUGAAAGAAGAUAAUAGGCCCCAAGUGUUGACGAAAAAGACUGGGAGUGGCUUGUAUCAUACUUUGGCACUCCAGACUUUCAGAAAAAGAGUCGCAGAAACAUUGAGAAUAGGUCAUACCUUGAUGCCGGACAUACGGCAGGAACAAAAAUUUGAACGUGACAAGGUAAUGCCAGGAUUAUUGAAAUUGUACGAGGAGACUCAUACUAGAAGCGACAAAACACCUGUAACUCAAUCGGCACAGGACACCAUGAAUGAAAUUAAGCAGCUAGUUGAGCAACGAAACAAUUCGGAAACAAAAAUGACUGAUGAAGAAAUCUAUGCAACAAUUAAGCCAAAACGCAAGCCAAGUGCACGUGAUCGACAAAAAGGGAUAAGUCCCUCAGUGACAUCAUUAUUUGGGUCAUUUAGUGAAGGAGAAAAGUUUCGCAAAGAGGCUGAAGCAUCCAAAAAUGAAGGUAGUGAGGCAAAGAAGGAAGCAAACGAGGUAAAGGAGAAGAACGAAGCUCUAAGUAAUACAGUGAGAGGCCUCGAAAAGAAAUCUAGACUUAUGGAACGCGCCCUAGAAGCCUUCAUGAAUUUGGCUGGAUACAACAUGUCCGAGCUCAAUAUGGAUGCGUGGACCGAUGAAGAGGAUGAGGAAGAGCUAAUUCAAAAGUCUGAGAAAAAACACAAUGAUGUUGAAGAUUAA